AUGCCCCUUCAAUCAGGGACGGGCAGGCGCCGCAGGGCUACGGCGUCCACAGCUUCUGCAGGUUAUCGAACAAGUUCCGCCGCUCAGCAAAGCCCUUCACCGCGGGUAUCGGCAAUUGAUUUCAUCGUCAGCAGCAGUAGCAGUGACGGCAACGCUUCAACACCACCUAACCAUAGCUCGAGUGACUGCACAACUGGUCGACCGAGGAGAACGCCAACAAAAGUGGCAGCGCGAGAACCGCCUCCAACCGUUGUUGAAGACACUUACUACUGGCCAACUGUCCGCCGGCAUAUCGAUAACAGAGGAAAUGGAGCCAGCGGUUGUCGGAUUCGUGUAAAAUGUUCAAUAUGUUAUGACGAUCUGCCCGUGAGAGGUCUCGAGCCAAGCAACGAGCUGCUCCAGCACGAGGGGGGCGUGGUGUUGAGCUGCGGGCACAUCUUUUGCCGCGAAUGCCUGGCGGAGUCAUUCUAUGGACAGAGCGGGAAGAAGCUCACGCGUACAUGCCCUAUGUGCCGAGAAGAGAUGGAGUGUCAGCAGUGCGGAGACUUGGGACGCUGUGUCGCCAUCCCCAAAGACCACGACGACGUUGGGGAGUUCCCCCUGACAGUACCCGAAGGCGGGGAGAAGGCGUCCAUCUGCCUCCGCUGCGAGGCGCGCAAGGUGUGGAUAUGGAAGGUGGAACACGGCCAGCACGGCCAGCCAUCUCGUAACGUGAUAGAGACGGAUUUCGAGAGGCUGGUGUAUCACAUGAUGGACUGCGUGGAGGACGACGGCGCGGCGAUGGGGAUGGCCGAGAUGGAGCAGCAGCUGCUGGUGCUCUUCAAGGAGAAUUUCAUGCGGCUAUUGGAAGCGAGAGAGCAAUACAUCUCGCAGUACACGCAUGACGUCUUGUUGAAAUCGACGAGUUAUCCAUGGUUGUGA